CGGUCCUCGACGGCUGCGGAAAAGUGUCAGCCAUCCCCGGAUGGGCAUCGUGGAGCCCAGCUGCGGAGACAUGCUAACGGGCACCGAGCCGAUGCCGGCGAACGACGAGGGCCGUGCGCCUGGAGCCGACCCGCAACACCGCUACUUUUAUCCAGAACCGGGAGCGCAGGAGGCGGCCGACCGUCGCGGGGGCGGCAGCCUGGGGGCAUCCUACGCUGGGGGCGCCCUAGUACCGGCUCCGCCGGGUCGUUUCCUCGGAGCCUACGCGUACCCGCCCCGGCCUCAGGCGGCCGGCUUCCCCGGGGCGGGCGAGCCCUUCCCGCCGCAGGCGGGCGCCGAGGGCUACCAGCCUGGGGAUGGCUACACGGCUCCGGACCCGCGCGCCGGGCUCUACUCAGGGCCGCGAGAGGACUAUGUGCUUCCGGCGGGGCUGGAGGUGUCCGGGAAGCUGAGAGUCGCUCUCAACAACCACCUGUUGUGGUCCAAGUUUAAUCAGCACCAGACGGAGAUGAUCAUCACCAAGCAGGGCCGGCGGAUGUUCCCCUUCCUGUCAUUCACCGUGGCAGGGCUGGAGCCCACCAGCCACUACAGGAUGUUUGUGGAUGUGGUCUUGGUGGAUCAGCACCACUGGCGGUACCAGAGCGGCAAGUGGGUGCAAUGUGGAAAGGCCGAAGGCAGCAUGCCAGGAAACCGCCUGUACGUCCACCCAGAUUCCCCCAACACUGGAGCUCACUGGAUGCGCCAGGAGGUUUCAUUUGGGAAGCUAAAGCUUACAAACAACAAGGGGGCCUCCAACAAUGCAACCCAGAUGAUUGUGCUCCAGUCCCUUCAUAAGUACCAGCCCCGGCUGCACAUUGUGGAGGUGAAUGAUGGAGAGCCUGAGGCAGCCUGCAAUGCCUCUAACACGCAUAUCUUCACUUUCCAAGAAACGCAGUUCAUUGCUGUGACUGCCUAUCAGAAUGCGGAGAUUACUCAACUGAAAAUUGAUAAUAACCCCUUCGCCAAAGGAUUCCGGGAGAACUUUGAGUCCAUGUAUGCUUCUGUUGACACCAGUGUCCCUUCCCCGCCUGGACCCAACUGUCAGUUCCUUGGAGGAGACCACUACUCUCCACUCCUACCCAACCAGUAUCCUGUUCCCAGCCGUUUCUACCCUGAACUUCCAGCUCAGGCCAAGGAUGUGGUUCCCCAGCCCUACUGGCUGGGGUCCCCCCGGGACCACAGCUAUGAUUCGGAAUUUCGGGCAGUCAGCAUGAAGCCUGCAUUCCUGCCCUCCGCCCCUGGGCCUACCAUGUCCUACUACCGAAGCCAGGAGGUCCUGGCACCUGGAGCUAGCUGGCCUGUGGCCCCCCAAUACCCUCCCAAGAUGGGCCCACCCAGCUGGUUCCGCUCCAUGCGGACUCUGCCCAUGGAACCUGGCCCUGGAGCCUCAGAGGGGCGUGGGCCAGAGGACCAUGGCUCCCCCUUGGUGUGGACUGAGAUCACCUCCAUCCGGCCAGAGUCCAGUGACUCAGGACUGGGCGAAGGAGACUCUAAGAGGAGGCGCGUGUCCCCCUAUCCUUCCAGUGGUGACAGCUCCUCUCCUGCUGGGGCCCCUUCUCCUUUUGACAAGGAAACUGAAGGCCAGUUUUAUAACUAUUUUCCCAACUGAGCAGAUGACAAGGUGA